AUGGAGCUCUUUGCGAUUGCUGCAUUAACCCACGAAGAAAUGGCCCGGGUUGAUAAAAGGUUGUAUAAGAAUCUGUUGGACGAGUGCUACUUUACUUUCCCGCAUUUAGUAUUUCUGAUGGACAAAUUUGGCGGAUGCCGUAUGUUGCAAUCUUAUUUUAAUGGCAAGCUUCAUGUUCAAUUCUCGGAGAUCCUAGAUCUAGGACAUAUGAUUGCCGUGCCUGCUUACCGGCAAAAAUACUUUGAUAUGGUUGACAGAAAAGACUUUCUGGAGAAGUUGAACCUGCUUCUAAAGUGGGCAUGGCCCAUUCCACAAGGAAACACCGUUGCAAAUGUUCCAAGGAAUUAUGGCAAUUGA